CAAACCUUUAUAUCGACAGUCUAUGCAUACAGACUAUCAUAGACCAAGAUUAAACCACAGUAUACUUAUUAAACAGUUACACGUCUGUUAUACGAAACCCUUUUCAGUGCAAUCUUCAAGUUGUCGCUUCGCUCGCCUGAACCAUCCGACAAUCGUGUUUUUAGUUUGCCAAAUAUGGCGUCGCCAGUAGUCGCUAUUUCGGAGGGACAAGUCAGAGGGUGCGUUGGGACCGAUUUUGACGGGGGCCAGUUUUAUUCCUUUCUCGGAAUUCCCUACGCUAAACCCCCAGUCGGAGAGCUCAGAUUCAAGGCUCCCCAACCUGUUGAACCAUGGAGUGGCAUAAAAGAAACGGUAAAAGUUGGAAAUGCGUGUAUACAAAGGGACAUGUUGUUCACUGGAGCAAUUAUAGGAUCUGAGGAUUGUCUGCAUCUCAACGUUUUUACGAGAACGCUUCCGCAAGAGGACUCCACAUUGAAACCAGUGAUGGUGUGGAUACACGGCGGAGGCCUAAUUCAGGGAUCGAACGACAUCAAAACGUCUGGCCCUGAAUACAUCAUAACCGAAGACGUAGUCCUAGUGACCAUCAACUAUCGCCUGGGUUAUUUGGGAUUCUUGAGGCUUAAAGACCCCUCGCUGGAAGUGCCCGGAAAUGCAGGACUGAAGGAUCAAGUGUUGGCUCUCAAGUGGGUGCAGAGGAACAUAAAACAAUUCAACGGGGACCCCAACAACGUCACGAUUUUCGGGGAAAGUGCUGGAGGCGCUUGUGUCCACUCUCACAUCUUAUCACCUGCCUCGAAGGGUCUUUUCCACAAGGCCAUUCCACAGAGCGGUUCGGUUUUGAACCCUUGGGCCUUGACGAAUCAUAAUACAUUCGAAUUUUUUGAUUUUAUGGAGAAAGGCAUCAAAGACGAGAAGACUGCUUUGGACGUUUUGAGGAACAUGCCUGUCAAUGAGUUGUUCGAUUACCAAGACAGAUUUUUGCUGGUUCAACCCCCGCUUGGGGUCAUAGGUCUUGUGAUAGAAGAACCAAAUCCGACUGCGUUCCUCACCAAAGAUCCCAUGGAAGUCAUUAUUUCCGGAGACUACAACAAAGUACCGAUGAUUUGGGGCUACACUUCCAACGAAGGAAUGCUGUUCGUGCCUCUCCAAGAAAUGUCCAAAAAAGGAAAGGCUUUCAAGGUCGACGAACAACUCAACUUGGAAGAUUUCGUGCCACCGAACAUGAAAUUAGAAAGAGGUUGUUCUACAAGUCAGGAAAUAUGUAAGAAAAUUGCCGAUUUUUACUUCAAAGGAGAAAACGCCAUGAACAAGUUGUUGUUGAUAAGCGAUUACUAUUUCGUAAUUGGCAUCCUAGCGUCUAUUAUUAAUCAUGCAAGGACUUGUCAUUAUCCAAUUUUCUUGUACCGGAUGAGUUGUGAAACCAAUUUGAAUGCAUCGAGGGUGCUGUUCAAAUUGCAGGAUAUACCAGGUGUUUGUCAUGGGGAUGAUGUCGGUUAUCUAUUUAAAAACAGUUUCUUUCCUGACGUGGAAAUCGGAGAAAUCGAAAUGGUUUGUCUGCGGAGGUUCCUGAAGUUAUGGACGAAUUUUGCCAAGUAUGGAAAUCCGACGCCAGAGAAAAACGAUUUAAAUAUUCAGUGGAAACCUGUGGAUGGAGAACACGUGAAUAUCUUGGAUAUCGGAAAAGAACUCGUCAUGGAAACUAAUCCCGAAGAUGAAAGUGUUCGUCUGUGGAAGGAUAUUUAUCAAAUGAGUCCUGCUACUGCAAAUUAUUUGUGAAGAUAUUACUUCUGUUUUUAUUGUUCUGUGAUUGACCAAACUAUUAUAUUAUAUUAUUUCCUUAUCUUCCAUAUACUCUUAGUUAAAGCUUAAUUCAAAAUACAUUCAUUAGAAAUUAAAAAAA